GAAAACAGUACUCUCUAAAACGAUCAGGAUCGUCCUCGUGAUGGUGGAUGCUGUAUAAAAGCAACACACGAAGAUAAAUCACGUAACAGUCUAACUAUUGUUCUGCGGUAGCGUGGAAGGAUAAAUCUGUGCGUCAAGCAAGAAAGUAGUAUACGUAAGCCGCAAUCUCAACGUCGCCGCCGACGUGCACACACACACACACAAAAUGCAAGCAAAUACGGCCGAACUACUGCCGGUAGGCGAUCAGUUGGGUGUUUCGUGGAACGGGAUUCCCUUUGGCUACGGCAGCGACUACGGCGGUUUGCCCAGUUCCGAUUGGAUGACGCCGCUGGCAACGGAGCUGGAAAGUGUUCCACAUGGUUGUGGCACUGUGGCAUCGCAGCAAAAGGAUUACUACCAACCGAUGAUCGGAAGUGGAAUGCAUCGCAUCUCCCCGCUCAACUCAUCGAACGAAGCAGUCGAGACCAACUCCAGCGAGCAUGCGUAUCCGCCCUUUGCGGUAUCGUAUCAUCAUCCUGCUUACCAUCACCAUCAUCAGCAUCAUCAGACGGUGAACUAUGGAGCCAAGUGCUAUUCACAUAUUCAACAAUCCCAGCAGCACCAGCAGCACCAGCAGCAACAACUGAAACAAGAGCACCAACCGUCAAGGAAGAUCCCUACGAACGGGUCACGGUACGUGCCGAAUGGUUAUUACACCCCGAACGGGCGUACGUCCGCAACCGAUGGUGGAUCGCCCAUGCCACAGCCGAGCCUGUACCCCUCCCCGCCGGUACAAUCGCACUCGGCAGAAGAGUCCAGCUACAGCAGCAAACUGUACAGUGGUGGCGGUGGUGGUUUGCAGUACAUGAGCGGCGAUCAUGUUCCACCACCACCGCCGAUGAGCUUUUCCGGCCACACGGAUCCUGCGCUGUCCACCCUGUACAGUGGUAGCGAUCAUUACCAGCCGUACAGUGUGUCCUCGAUGGGGUACGAGGAGAGUGGGGUGCCAGCGUUUUCGGCCACGACACUCUCCACGGCAAUGGAAUCCACGCUGACACCGCAAAAGUAUGAAGCAUGGAGCUCGGAAUCGUCCGUUAUCCAGCCGAUGAUGUCACCGAUGGGCUACCCGCUGCUCGGCCAUGCCCAUUCGCUGGCGAUAAAGCAGGAGUACAUUCCGCCGGCCUACAUCAGCCCAUCGCCCUCCUCGAUGGCCGGUGGAAGCAGCAUCAAGACGGAGCUCAUGUCCGAAACUUCCCGCUCACCACCGCCGGAGAGUGAUCGACCGCCAACGGACGGAAUUGUGAUGGCACAGCAGCCCCAACCACUACCACCGACGGCCUGCCCUUCGCCCCAGCCGCUGCCAGUGGCGAAAGCGAAACGAGCACCGUCGGCCAAACCGACGGACACACCGACGGCGGGGAAGAAAUCUACCCGAAACAGCAACAACUACGGCGACCAGUUCGCGUGCCCCGAGUGCAGGCGUACGUUCGCGCGGCAGUGCGGCCUCACGCAGCACACCAAGUGGCACCAUUCGGGCGAGAAGCCGUUCCGCUGCCUCACCUGUGGCAAGUGCUUCAGCGCCCAGACAGCGCUGGACGAUCAUCUCGAGCGGCACACGACCACGGACAAGCCGUACCGGUGCCAGCACUGCCCGAAAGCGUUCUUCCACAAGAACGAUCUGCGCCGGCACGGGUUUCAGCACACGGGCACCGCGCCGCACGCCUGCCGGUACUGUUUGAAAACGUUCGCCCGCAAGGACCACUGCCACAGCCACGAGUGCUCGCACGAGCGGAAAAUUCAGCGCAAAGAGCGGAAAUCUAAAGGGUCACGGUCGAGCGUACCGGUCAGCGGUAUGGAGUUGCCGCCAGUGACCAACACGGUGCUGGAUUCCGCGAUAUCGACGCCAGUGGUCGAACUGGCGCUGCAGUUUAUCGACACGGAACAGAGGAUAGUGGCGUGAAAGUAGUGGGGCGUGAUUUAUAUUUAUAAGGACGACGAUGCCGACGACGACGACUGUUAGAGCACAGUAAUUGAUUAAUUUAUUGAACGAUAAUUGUAAACACACGUAUGUUUGUAACAUUGUGACAAGGGGGCGGCAGUCCGCGACGUACAAAAAUAUGUGAUUGUAUCGUAAGCAAGUAAGGGUGUAAUUGUAAUUUAGCUUAAAUGACAAUCGAAAUCAAAAAUUGUAUUGCAAAUAAAGUUGUUUGAAAAAAAAAAACAAC